CAUUGGGGGAUUUUUCGUUUUGCCAAGACUUUUUUGGUUGCAGCUGAUAGACAAGCUAUCAACAAUGGAGUUGAAUCCGCAAUAGUUCUCACCACGACCCACAUGUGACUUGUGUUUCAUGCCUAGCCGCCGGACAUCAUCGGUUGUCAACCCCCCCCCCCUCUACCAUUCCCCUUUUUCGACAUGGCAACGUCAGUUUCUUCUUCGUCAUCCAUCACGUUGGGCGAAGAAUCAAAAUAUGGUAGUCGAUCCAAAGCAGCCACAAUCUCAAAGCGAUCCAAUCGUCCAGCUCCAACCAUGACAGGAACUCCGAAAGCCACUCUGCUACUUCUCUCGCUGCAUGGCUCAUUUCAAACGAAAGCACUAGAGCUGUUUGAAGGGAUUCAUGUCAAAAUUGGUCGUCAAACUUCUGCGAAAUCAGCUCCCAGUGCCAGCAAUGGAUUCUUUGAUUCAAAGGUGUUGUCCAGAACCCACGCAGAAGUUUGGUGUGAGCGAAGCAAAGUCUACAUCAGAGACGUCAAGUCCAGCAACGGCACCUUUAUCAAUGGAAUACGAUUAUCGCCCGAAGGAGAGGAAAGUGCCUCGGUUGAGUUGCAUAAUGGCGAUCAAGUUGAGUUUGGUAUUGAUAUCAUGAACGAGGAUGGCUCCGUGCUUUAUCAUAAAGUUGCCAGCAAAGUCACCAUCAAUAUGGCUUCUGCUACCUCCUCAAACCCCCCUUCUGACAGCUCCGCACGUGAACAAGGAGGAGCUAACAACCAUGCAGGAAAUGUUGAAUAUUUACAAAAGCGACUUGCAAAGCCAUCAUCCACUCUAUCCGAUGCCGCUUCGGAACACUCUCAGUAUGAUUCCGACUCUUCGGUGAUACGAAGUCUACAUAACAAAGAUGGCAUCAAUCUUGACCAACUGGUUCAAAAGCUCCAGACCGAACUACAAAAAGCGUCAGAAACAGGCGGUGAACUUAAAAUACUUAAAUCCACCGUCGGCAAUGUUGAAAGGUGUAUGAGCAAGGAAAAUUUAAGCCAAAUGACGGCCCGAAUAGCAGACCUGAACAAGCAAUUACAGCAAAGUAAAACACAAGCUACUGCGUAUCUAGAAAAGAACCGCCAUCAGGAUCAAGCCAUUUUAUCUGCUCAGCGAGAACAUAGCAAAUUGCUGACCACUAUACGAAAAUUACAGUCGGAAAACACUCGACUUCAACAAGAUAUAAGGACUAUGCAUGAUUUGAAGGAAAAUGGAAGCGUACAUGGAGACCGCCCACAAGUGCAGUCGUUAACCCCUGAUGAAAAAAAUCACUCUCACCAAGACGAAGAAAAUAGAAAGCUACGUCAAUGCAUUCAAUCAUUAGAGGAAGCCAAAAAGGUUUCCACAAAGUCGAUUAGUUUACUCGAGGCCAUACAGAUACCUAGUGUACAACUUAUUAUCGCCAUACUCAUACCCAUUGCUUCCAUUUUACAAUAUUUCGUUUUUCGGUGAUUGGAUGCGCAUUGCUACGCUUUUUGUAUAUAAACAUCGAUCUGCUUACGUCCCUACCUCUUCCAAAGAUUAUAUAUAUUCAUACGCUCCUUUUUCUUAUGCAAAUACAUAAUUUUAAUUACACUCUUAGCAUAAUAGCUGGAUGGAUAGGGCCAACACAGCUCAUUCUAUUAAAUUCUCCACACCCGAUUUUGCCU